AUGGAGGAGCAGUCAAUUGGGAUUAGGACGUUGCAUGUGCUUUCUCUCUUCUCCGCAUCCAAUUUCAAGGGAUUUGAUGCAUCGUUUGUGAUUGUUUGGCCCAACGUUGAAAAAUUUAGGAAUGAUGAUGACCCACUCAGUCACGUAGACUAG